AGAAGUUUGUCCCUCUUCGUGAUCUGUCCGGUGUUCCAGAAGCGACGGUUGCUGGUGUAUUGGACGUUCAUAUAUAUGUGUACUAGUGGCAAAGAUGGAGAGGGACACCACAAUUAGGAGAAUAAAAUCCUUAUACGGGACGCAAAACAAUGUAUCGGAAAAUAAGAAUGACUCUCAGGAUCAACGUGGAAUCAACGGCUGCAGUGAAGUAAAAAAGAAGCCUGAAGUGAGCUUGUACCUGCUACACGAAGGCGUCGGAGUGGCACUGGUGACUGUAUUCAUUCUGGUGCUGUGGGGAGUUGUUCAUUUAUCAUUACAGCAGCUAGUCAUUGGAAAAUCUACUGGCGAGUUCAAUGCUAUCAGGGCAAGGAAGCACCUGGAGCGUAUCACCAGCGUCGGUCCCCGUCCCACGGGCAGCCCGGAGAAUGAGGUCUUAACGGUUAACUUCCUGCUAGAGCAGAUUGAGCACAUCAAGGCCGACAGCGCCUCAGGACCCCACUCUGUCACUGUGGACGUCCAGCGACCCACAGGCUCCUUCAGCAUUGACUUCCUGGGAGGGUUCACCUCCUACUACGACCGGGUCAGCAACAUCGCUGUCCGCCUGGAGCCCAAGGCUGGGGCUCAGCACCUCAUGCUGGCCAACUGCCACUUUGACUCUGUGGCCAACAGUCCAGGUGCAAGUGACGAUGCAGUGAGCUGUGCGGUGAUGUUGGAGGUGCUCCACUCCCUGGCCAACCUCUCCACACCUCUACGACACGGGGUGGUGUUCCUUUUUAAUGGAGCUGAGGAGAAUGUGCUGCAGGCGAGUCAUGGCUUCAUCACUCAGCAUCCCUGGGCCAAGCAGGUCCGAGCCUUCAUCAACCUGGAGGCUGCAGGCGUGGGCGGCAAAGAGGUGGUGUUUCAGACAGGUCCUGAGAACCCCUGGUUGGUCCAGGCCUAUGUCCAUGCUGCCAAACAUCCCUUUGCCUCGGUGGUGGGACAGGAAGUCUUCCAGAGCGGUGUGAUCCCAUCUGACACGGACUUCCGCAUCUACAGGGAUUUUGGAAACAUUCCAGGAAUUGAUUUGGCCUUCAUUGAGAACGGUUUCCUCUACCACACCAAGUACGACACAUCCGACAGAAUACUGACUGACUCCAUCCAGAGGGCAGGUGACAACAUCCUGGCGGUACUGAAGCACCUGGCGAUGUCUGAGGAGCUGGCAGACUCGUCCGAGUAUCGUCAUGGCAACAUGGUGUUCUUCGACCUGCUUGGCAUUGUGGUGGUGGCGUACCCGGCCCACGUUGGUACCAUCAUCAACUACAUGACUGCCAUGGCAACAUUCCUCUACCUAUUUAAGAAGUGCUCCCAUCCCAGUAAUGUGGGAGGUCGUUACAUAAAGGAGCUGGCCUAUGCCACGGCGGUGGUCAUCCUCAGCUGGUUGGUCACUCUGCUGACAGUGCUCAUCAUAGCCUUGGUAGUGUCGCUGACAGGACGAUCCAUGUUCUGGUACAACGACUUCUAUACAUGCAUCUUUAUGUACGGUUCUGCUGCCACUGGGACGAUGGUCCUGAUCCACACACUGGCCAAGAACCUCUACUACGGAGGUGUGCGCCGUCUGGAGCUGGGGGAGCUCUACUUUGACGUGAGCCUGCUGCUGUGGUGCGGUGCUCUGGUCUACCUCACAGCUAACGGCCUCUGCUCUGCCUACGUCCCCAUGCUGAUGGUGGCCUUCCCUCUGACCACCAAGCUGCUCCUCGCCAGGGAGUUUAAACUCAGAGGUGCAUCGCUGAAGUACUCUGUUCUCUACCAGCUGGGUCUGGCUCUGCCCUAUGUCCACUUCAUGUUCCUGAUCUGGGUGGUGUUUGAGAUCUUCACGCCCAUCCUGGGGCGCAGCGGCACAGAGAUCCCCCCUGACGUGGUCCUGGCCACCCUCGUCACCCUCACCACACUCUUCCUCUCCUCCUUCUUUCUCCACUUCAUCUACUUGGCUAGGUCUACUAAGUGGCUGUUGGCAGGUCUGGGAACAGUGUUCACUGUGUUUCUGGUGCUGGUGUUGUGUGGAAUGUUCUUCCCCUACACAGCAGACCCCUCGAGCCCACGCCCCAAACGGGUCUUUCUUCAGCACACCACUCGUACCUUCCAUGGUCUGGAUGGCCAGGUGAAGAGCAAAGACUCAGGUCUGUGGAUCAACAGCUUUGACUACACUGGCAUGCAGCACAUCACGCCUAUCAUACCAGAGAUCAACGACACCAUCAGGACCAGCUGUCAGGAGGACAGGCCUUUCUGUGGCUACCCCUGGUUCCUACCUGUCAAGUUCCUUGUCAAGAAGAACUGGUACCUCCCAGCCCCUGAAGUCUUUCCCAAGUCUCCCAUCGAGUUUCAGGUUCUUUCUAAAGAACAGACAAAAUGGGGCACAGUGAAGAUCACAUUUGAAGUCACAGGUCCCAGCCACAUGUCCCUCUACCUGAGACCCCACCAAGGGGCCUCUCUGUCCAGCUGGUCGUUUGGGGACGGUGUCCCCCAGUACCACCUGGCUGGAGAGUACUUUAUAUUCUACUCCCACGGCCUGGAUGCCCCCGCCUGGAACUUCUGGUUCGAAAUACAGCCUCCCAGAGAAGAGGACCCAUCAGGCCCAGAGGGAAUGAUCUCAGUAGCCAUCUCAUCUCAUUACUUCUUUGGAGAGGACCAGAGGACUGUUCAGCUAGAGGACAUGCUGCAGAGGUUCCCUAAAUGGGCCUUCCCCUCUUCCUGGGUCUCCACCUAUCACAUGUACCGAUACUGACACCUAGGCCUAUCAGAUGUAAACAUACUGGGAGGCACCUACCACAUUUACCCAUAUUUGAAAUACUGGGCCUGUUGUUGGGCCUGCUUCCACACACAGGCCCAUUCGAGAGACCCCACCAUCACUGUGUCAAUAGGUCAGUAGCUAACAGGAGGGACACUAAAGCCAAGCCAGAAGCGACAUUAUUUAUAAACAGUAACAGUUGGACUAGGGAACGGUCCUUAUAAACAGAAACACUAGGGCACAGUCAACCAGUGUUCAGUAGAGUUCCUUUAUUGUGGGAAUGAGGGUAAAUAGGUCGUUUUGUUUUUUUUACACUCUUUCUUCUCGCUUUCUCUCUGACAAACUGUUUUGCAUGCAUGGCCUUGCAUGUUCCACCUCCCUCCAUCUCUGUCAACAAGCACGAGGUCUUCAGCGUCACUCACUAUUUCCGUUAAAAGGCUACAGUGUUGUUUCCUUACAAAAUUAACCGUUUCAUGUUUUUACAUUUUAAAUAAGAAACAAAAAAAAAACGAAGGAAGUCAAAAUUCAUGAAAACUUCAGUCGUUAAGAUGUCAAGGCCAGUACAGUAGUCUGAAGGUGAACAGGAUUUAAUUGUUGCAGUAAAGUGGAAAGCCUUUUGUGUGAUUUACUUACGGUGAGCUCGCUAAUGUGCAAGGAUAUUUUGACGACUGAUGUCGAAAAUAGAAUUAACUCAUCACUGAAUAAAUAAUUUAGCUGAGUGUUGCGAUUUCAAACGUAUUUUCUGUCCAUCAAGAAACACACUGAUUUAGAUUGAUUAUCUUCAACUCAGUCAUAAACUAACUAAUGGUGCUUUUUACAUUAUUCUCAAACUCUGAACCACAGUGCUCUAACCUCUAAACAACUGUGGCGCUUUUUACAAAACAUUUAUUAAUGCAACACAUAGGGAGGCCAUUCCACCAACUCCAACUCAUGUUGUCCUACUGAUGUCCCUCAUCAAUGGUACUUCCUGUUAACAGUUGAACAGUAAAAUGGGUUUUAAAAAAAAUCCUGCUUCACAUGGUGUGUUUUUGCCCAUCAUGUGCAAGGUGUAUAUCAAUAUUUUACAGUGGGAUAUUGUUUUAUUAUAAACUCAGAUUAUAAUACUAGUGGCUGAUGUCACAAAACAGACUGACAACACCCUUUCUGGUGUUCUAAUAAGUAUAUUCCGAUGGUUGACGCCUGCGGUGAGAGUGUGUCAGACUGUUGCACAUAGUGAAUGAGAACGCAAAGCACUGGACUGAACUUAUAUUUUAUCAGUGGGGAACCCUCCUUUUCUUCUCUCCAUGUUUUGUUGCUAUAGAACCAGGGUUGGGGGUCAAUUUCAGAAAGUAAACCAAAAUUUUAAUUUAAAGACAUUGAAGAUAAUUGGAAUUUCAGUAUAGUUCCUGAAUUGACCCCCAACCCGGUUUAGAACAUCAUGGUGUUUGACUGCAGGACAGCAGCUCCUGCUAACACUGAGGUAGCGCAGGGUCUGUGUUCAUAAAGAGUCCGAAUAAGAGUGCUGCUAUAGGAUCAGUUUAGCCUUUUAGGUCAUAACAAAUACAAUUAUAUGGAUAGAGGGGGACCUGAUCCUAGAUCAGCACUCCUACUUUAUGAAUAAAACCAAGCUGUUUUCUCUGUACCUGCACAAUUAAUAGAAGUCGCAAUAUUUUGAAACAGCACUCAGAACGGUUGUUACACACGGCUAAUAGUUUACUGUCGUCUCUCCUCUUGCAGCUGCUUUCCCCACCCUGUUACUCAAGCAGCACUAUAUUUGAUUUGAUUACAACAGUUCACCCAAGUGUAUCGCAAUUCUGUUUUUUCCCCCAUAUUGUGCAGCCCUACUUCAUGGUUCUCAGCAAUGGCUCGAUGUGUUACCUCUAUGAAGUAGGUAUCUGGGGUUUUGUGAAGACUGACCGGUACUUGAGAUUUGAUAAGGAUUGUUGCUAGGCAACUGGGGUGUUGAUUUGGGCAGUCUCUUGGACUACACUGCUGUGGCUAGUAGCAGUUUGUGUUGAAUAGUCGCCUUGUUUUGAAUCCAGCGAUGCGUCCUCUCUCUGAGCAGGUGAAAAGGAUGGAACCAAGCGUUCUAGGUUCUAGAAUGCCACAUGGUUGUUGGCGUCAUGCUUCUUAAAUAUAUAACGGGUUCUUGCCAUAUGCACUUACCUGUAAAACAAUAUGGUCUUAGCAGGAUUGUACAGCAACAUUUUGUAAUGUGGGUUUAAAAAAAGCGAUUUGUCAUAUCCAUCGCUGUGGUGAAAAACACAUCCCAGUAUACUCUUAAAUAUGCAAGAUGAACACAAGGUGAUGUUUUCUUGAGAGGAAAAGAGAAGGAAACUAACGAGCACACGUCUAAAGGCCUUUAGCUAGUGGCAUCGUUUAGUGAGGUUGUCCAUGCCUGAACUUGCACGCUAUUGGCUGCUUUUGACUAGAGCCAUAUAAAAGUAGUGCACUAUACAGGGAAUAGGGUGCCAUUUUGGUCACUUUAAUCAGAGGUAUAUCAACAGCUCAGGCCUGAUGGAUGGAACAACAAAUAUGCAGGUGUAAUUUAAACGUUUAAUAAAAUUUAAUUAAUUUCUAUAAUCAAGUCUGGCGGGUUCUGUAAUUUAAGUAAAGAAAUAUCCCCUUAGGGCCUGAUUCUGUAAUUACACAACAAUUGGUGACUAAUGUUUAGGUUCACUACCCCAAACCUUCCCAUUGAAUUUAAAUAAUGACUCAAGCAUACUGUACACUGCCUUCUUAAAAAUAACUUAAUGUUUUGUAUGGAUUGCUCAUGCUCUGUUGAAAUUGUAAAAUGUGAAGUGAUUUUUGGUUUAUGGUAAUGACAUUUCAGUACUGUCACACUUUUCUUAUGCAGUCAUUUAUCAUAACAUUUGAUGUUACAAAAAAAUGUAAUGCAGGGAAUUAAUCCGAUCGCACCUUGUCGGCAAUGUUCACUCGUUCGUGGUGACCACAUUCACGGUAAACGCUGUUGCUUCAAUAAUACAUUUCCAUUAAAAUGGUGCAUUGCUGCCAAAACGCGAUCGGAUUGAAUCAUGGCAUAAAUCCCUACUCAGUUCAAGCAAACUAUAAUAAACAUUGUUCAAAGUAAUUUGCGAAGGGUUACUUAUCAUAUCCCAUAAAACAUUGUUACUGUAACGAUGACAUUUCCCGAGCGUUGUCCUUUGUAAAUACCAAUAUUAAGGUGAAACAUUUCAUUGAAACCGUUUAUGGGUCUCAAAUUUCAAUUUUGUAGAAUGAUUGUGUGAGAGGAUCUACUUUUCUUUAAUAUGCCUGAAUAAAGGAAACAGUACUUCAGUUGGAAAAAUGGGAACUGAAAUGCAUCGUCUUUGGGACAUGUUCGAUGCAACUCACCUACAGUAUCUAUGCCUAUUUUAACUGCAGUGUACUCUUGGGUCACUGAAUAAAGUGCGGUUUUGUAUAACAUGUUAAUUAUUUAAAAGCAAUCAUACUUUUGUAAUUUUUUAUUAAUUUGUCAACUGGGAGGGUUACGCCUAACCUUUUAAUGUAAUCCCAGAUGGGAUUAACAUGGUUGAUUUGGGGAAUUGUGUAACAGGGUAUUUUGAUUACAAAAAUAAACUUGAAAUUAA